AUGCCACUCGAGAUGGAGCCCAAAGCCAACAACCUCGUUUUUGGGUGUCAGCGGAGCUCAACAUCUGACGAUGACUCUGGCUGUGCCCUGGAGGAAUAUGCCUGGGUCCCCCCAGGCCUCAGACCGGAGCAGGUCCAGCUGUAUUUCGCCUGCUUGCCAGAGGAGAAGGUCCCUUACGUUAACAGCCCUGGAGAGAAACACCGAAUCAAACAACUUCUCUAUCAGCUGCCACCCCACGACAAUGAGGUGAGAUACUGCCAGUCUUUAAGCGAGGAAGAGAAGAAGGAACUGCAGAUGUUCAGCUCUCAGCGCAAAAAGGAGGCGCUUGGCCGAGGCACUAUUAAACUGCUCUCAAGAGCGGUGAUGCACGCGGUUUGUGAACAGUGUGGUACAAAGGUAAACGGCGGUGAAGUUGCCGUGUUUGCCUCGAGAGCCGGGCCUGGGGUGUGCUGGCACCCCUCGUGUUUUGUGUGCUUCACCUGUAACGAGCUGCUCGUUGACCUUAUCUACUUCUACCAAGAUGGGAAAAUUCACUGUGGCAGACACCACGCGGAACUGCUCAAACCUCGAUGUUCAGCCUGCGAUGAGAUCAUUUUUGCGGAUGAGUGCACAGAAGCUGAAGGUCGCCACUGGCACAUGAAGCACUUCUGUUGCCUGGAGUGCGAAACAAUCCUGGGUGGCCAGAGAUACAUCAUGAAGGACGGGCGACCGUUCUGCUGUAACUGCUUUGAGUCUCUCUACGCGGAAUACUGCGAGACCUGUGGGGAACACAUCGGUGUUGACCAUGCUCAGAUGACCUAUGACGGACAGCACUGGCAUGCCACGGAGGCAUGCUUUUCCUGUGCUCAGUGCAAGACCUCUUUGCUUGGCUGUCCUUUCCUUCCAAAGCAAGGGCAGAUCUACUGUUCAAAAACCUGCAGCUUGGGCGAGGAUGUUCACGCCUCCGACUCUUCUGAUUCUGCAUUUCAGUCUGCUCGAUCCAGAGAUUCUAGGAGGAGCGUCCGCAUGGGAAAAAGCAGCCGCUCAGCCGACCAGUGCCGCCAGUCUCUCCUCCUGUCGCCAGCCCUCAAUUACAAAUUUCCUGGCCUUUCAGGCAAUGCCGACGAUACUCUUUCUCGUAAACUGGAUGAUUUAAGCCUUUCCAGGGAAGAGGCAAGCUUUGUUAAUGAAGACUUCUGGAAGGGAAGAGUAGAGCAAGAAAUGCCCGAAGACCCUGAAGAAUGGGCUGAACAUGAAGACUACAUGACUCAACUUCUUCUGAAGUUUGGCGAUAAAAGCCUAUUCCAGCAGCCCACUGAAGUUGACAUUAGAUCAGGUGACCACUGGAUUUCUGAUAGCAUGGUUAAGAGCAAGCUGGACUUGAAAAAAAAUAAUCCAAGCCUGGCAAGUAAGAAGUAUCAGUCAGACAUGUACUGGGCCCAGUCACAAGAUGGCUUGGGUGACUCUGCCUAUGGCAGCCACCCAGGCCCUGCCAGCAGCAGGAAAAUCCAGGAGCUAGACAUGGAACACGGGGCGUCAGGAUACAAACACGACCAAACACCGUGGUAUGGAGGCUCACUGGAAUGUUUGUCUGACCUGAAACAGCAAGAACAAAGUGUUCGAGACUCAAUGGAUUCUCUGGCUUUGUCGAACAUAACAGGGGCUUCAAUGGAUGGAGAAGGCAAGCCACGGCCGUCUCUCUACUCUUUGCAAACUUUCCAAGAACUGGAGGUGGAGGACUGUGAGAAAAUGAGCAACAUGGGAACUCUGAAUUCUUCAAUGCUCCAUCGGAGCACGGAGUCCUUGAAGAGUCUGAGCUCAGAGCUGUGCCAGGAAAAGGCCUUACCAGAGGAAAAGCCGGUGCAUGUGCCUGUACUGAGAAGGUCGAAGUCCCAGUCUAGACCACAGCAAGUGAAAUUUUCAGAUGAUGUUAUUGAUAAUGGAAGUUACGAGAAUGUUGAAAUACGUCAGCCUCCAAUGAGUGAAAGGACUCGUAGGCGUGUUUACCAUUUUGAAGAGCGUGGAAAUCGGCCUUCUCAUCAUCGCAGAAGAAGUAGGAAGUCUCGCUCAGAUAAUGCACUUAACUUGGCCACAGAAAGAAAAUGCUCUCCGAGAGAGAGAUUUCGUUAUUACUCCCCUCAGGAUCAUGAAAAAAUUAUUCAGAACAGAAGCUCACGUGAGAUUCGGGCAUAUAUUCAAAAUGCGGAGCUGUACGGACCAUAUGCCCAUACCAGGUCUGAUUAUGCGCUGCGGAAUCAGGUGGUUGAUAAGUUUUUUGGAUUGUAUGGUGAGGAAGAUGACUCCUGGUGUUCAACGUCAUCCUCAUCAUCCGAUUCUGAAGAGGAGGGGUAUUUUCUAGGACAGCCAAUUCCACAGCCGCGGUCACUGAGAUACCCGUACUAUACAGAUGACCUUUCUGGUCCAACUACUGCGUUAUCUAGUUCUCAGGUUGGACAAAGGACAAUCAAAUCAAAGAAGAAGAGGGGACACAAAGGAAAAAAUUGCAUCAUUUCUUAA